AAAACAUAUGACAAAUUUUUAAACAUCUGAUUUUAAAAUUUUUUACUAUAUUUCCUUGUGGCAUGCCUCCUUUUAAAAAAUUUAAAACGAUUUCCUACGUCUUAUCUGGAGCAGGUAUUGUAUUCUGCGGGGUUUGUCUUUAUAAAGGAAAUGAAAAUUUUUACAAAAAAAUUAUCAUGCCAGUUAUUUUCAAUUUAGAACCAGAAACAGCUCACGCUCUUAGUAUAAAUUUAUUAAAAUGGAAUAUAUAUCCUAGAAUGACGAUUACUAAAUCGGAUAUGUUGAAAGUACAAUAUUUAGGACUUGAUCUUGCUAAUCCAAUAGGCUUAGCAGCAGGCUGUGAUAAAAAUGGGUUAGUUAUGAAGCCAUUUUAUCAAACUGGAUUUAGUUUUAUUGAAGUAGGAUCUGUUACACCAUUGCCUCAAAUUGGUAAUCCUAAACCUCGAAUAUAUAGACUCAUACCAGAUACUGCAAUAAUUAAUAGAUUAGGUUUUAACAAUGAAGGAUUUGAUGUUGUGUAUAAAAGAGUCAAAGCUUUUAGGGAUCACAUGAUUCAGCAUUUCGAUGAUUAUGGAGACCAUAAAUUAGGGGUAAAUUUAGGCAAAAAUAAAGCUUCUACAAGUUUGUAUCAAGAUUACAUAGCCGGUAUUCGUAAAUUUCAUUCCGUUACAGAUUACUUAGUAAUAAAUAUAUCAAGUCCUAAUACCCCAGGAUUGAGAGAUAUCCAAAGAGAAGGUUUUCUGGAACCAUUACUAUUUGAAAUUAACAAAACCAAAAACGAAAUAAUUAAAAAUCAGAGAAAUGAAAAAUUUCCUCUAAUAUUCCUCAAAAUAUCUCCCGACAUGAAUGAUUCAGAAAAUGACCACGUAGCUCAAACAGUUUUGAAAUGGAACAAACAUUGCAUUGAUGGUUUAAUAAUAGCAAAUACAACUGUUAGUAGACCAAGCGAAUUGAACAGUGCUCCUGAGCUCAUUAAUCAAGCAGGUGGCUUGAGUGGAAAACCGUUAUUUGAUACGUCUACAAACUUAAUCAAACAAUUUUAUCGAAAGACACAAGGAAAAAUAAUGAUAAUUGGAGUGGGUGGAGUUAGUAACGGUCAAGAUGCCUAUGAUAAAAUAAGAUCUGGAGCCAGCUUAAUACAAUUGUAUACCGCACUCUUGUACCAGGGUCCACCUGUAAUACCUAAAAUUUUGAGAGAACUCGAAGCCUUAUUAAAGAGAGAUGGAUAUACUCAUGUGUCUCAGGCCGUUGGAACUGAUGUUAAAUGACAAUAACUCUGUAGAAAUCUUCCUUAUAAAACUUGGAUUUAUGAUAUUCAUAUAUGAUUUAAUUAUAAAUGUUGAAUAGAUUUAACCGAA